AUGGCAAAGGGAGAUGAGGAAAACGCAGAAAAUGUGCCCAAUGUCGCAAAGCGAGAAAAACACCCUAUCACAGACCUAGAUCAAGGGAUCGUGGGUUGGGAUGAUCAACAAGACCCUAUGAACCCAAAAAAUUACCCUGUCACUCGGAAAUGGUUUCUUCUUGCGCUCGUCAGCAUGAUCACUUUAAUCAGUCCGUUUGCCUCCUCCGUUUUUGCGCCGGCUGUUGCAGAUGCGGAUCGAACUUUCCACAACACCUCGUCUAUUCUGAGCUCCCUUGCAGUGACAUCCUAUCUGUUUGGCUACAGUUUUGGUCCAUUGUUUCUGUCACCAUUGAGUGAAAUGUACGGACGAAGAAUAAUUCUCAACCUUUCAACGUCCUUCUUCGUCCUCUUCCAGAUCGGAUGUGCACUUGCACCCAACCUCUCCGCGUUGAUAGUGUUUAGGCUUCUUACUGGAAUAGGAGGCUCGGCAUGCUUAACUAUCGGGGGCGGUGUUGUAUCAGAUUUAUUUGAGCCCGAACAACGUGGUAUGGCAAUGUCUAUAUUCAGCGCUGGGCCUCUGUUUGGGCCCGUCCUGGGGCCUAUUUGCGGCGGAUUUAUUGCACAGAGAGCUGGAUGGAGAUGGGUUUUCUGGGUUCUUGUAAUCGCAGGUGGCUCAUUUACUGUCUUCGUUCUGAUAUUCAACCGUGAGACCAAUCCGGUUAUUAUCAUACGUCGAAAAACUGCCCUCCUAAAAAAGGAUCUGGGACGUUCUGACCUUUGCAGCUUUUACGAGUCGAAGCGUGACAGUCAGAGUCGAAAAUCCAAAGGCAUCACCUUCUUACGUGGCCUAACGACCCCAUUUCAGCUUUUAUUUCUUUCUCCGAUAGUGUCAAUCAUUGCGGUCUAUAUCGCGACAGUCUACGGUUGCCUCUAUCUUCUUUUAACAACCAUCACAACUGCCUUCAGAGAUACCUACAAUUGGAGCAUCCAGAUUAGUGGACUGGCCUACCUUGGCCUUGGUGUUGGGUUCCUGGCUGGACAACUCGUUUUCGGCUUACUGAGUGAUAGAGCCAUUGUUCGACUCAAAGUCCACAACAAAGGUGUCUUUGAGCCUGAAAUGCGGCUACCACUUUGCAUCUUCUUCGCCUGUUGUGUUCCGGUGUCAUUCUUCUGGUAUGGCUGGUCAAUACAGGCAAAAUCGCACUGGAUAGUGCCCAUUAUCGGUCUCUUCCCUUUUGCCUUUGGCCUGGUUGGCAUUUUUGCGACUUUGCAGACAUAUAUCAUUGACUCGUAUCCUCGGUAUGCGGCGUCGGGAAUAGCAGCGAUAACUGUGUCUCGGUCUCUUUUUGGCGCGCUGUUGCCACUUGCUGGUCCUACCAUGUACCAGACACUUGGCUAUGGCUGGGGAAAUUCAUUGCUUGGGUUUAUAACACUAGCAUUGCUAGGCAUGCCGGUUGUUUUUAAUCGCUUCGGGCGCUCGCUGAGGGAGAAAUAUGGAUCCAGAUUCGGCCAUAACGUAGCUAGUGGCUGA